AUGCCACCAAAGAAGAAGCAGGCCGAGCCAAAGAAAAAGAAGGACAAUGUCGACAAGACUUUUGGGAUGAAGAAUAAGAAUAAGUCGACAAAGGUUCAAAAGUUCAUAAAGCAGGUGCAAUCACAGGCUGACCCACAGAAGGAGGAGCUGAAGCGGAAGAAACUUGAGGAGAAAAAGCUCAAAGAGGCGGCCGAGGCCGAAAGACGAGCACUUUUCAACCCAGUGGUUGAGCAGAAGGUGCGGGCUGGGGUCGACCCAAAGACUGUUCUAUGUGCGAUGUUUAAGCUCGGGAACUGUAACAAGGGCGCAAGAUGUAAGUUCUCCCAUGACCUGUCCGUGGGGCGUAAGGUGGAGAAGAGAGAUCUAUACCAGGAUGCCAGGAGCGAAAAGGAGGGAGACACGAUGGACAAGUGGGAUGAGGCGAAGUUGCGGGAUGUCAUUCUUUCGAAACACGGGAACCCGCGGACUACGACGGAUAAGGUCUGUAAGUACUUCAUCGAGGCGGUGGAAAAUGGUAAAUACGGGUGGUUCUGGGUCUGUCCCAACGGCGGAGACAAGUGCAUGUACCGGCAUGCGCUACCAGAAGGGUUCGUCUUGAAAACCAAAGAGCAAAAGAGACUGGAGCGCGAGGCCAUCGAGAACCAGCCUAAGAUCACCUUGGAGGAGUUCAUUGAGACAGAGAGGGAGAAGUUGGACAAAACUAGGUUGACCCCGAUCACGGUAGAGAACUUUGCAGAGUGGAAAAAACGUCGCAUCAGUCAGAAGCUCAACGCCGAGAAAGAAAACGGGGCCAAGAGGCGUCCUAGUGGUCGCGAAGUUCUGCUGAAGAAAUACAUGGAAGACAAGAAGUUUUCUGACAUGGAUGAGGACUACGAGGACAAAGGGUCUGCCUGGGACUUGUCUGAAUUUACGAAGGCUUUGCGGGAUGAGGAUGGCUCGACUGGCAUCAAGGAUUAUGGAGAUGGUUCCAAUCCAAAUUUCGAAAUAAAGAAAGCCGUUGAGGAAGGAUCAGGAUCCUUGACUGCCGCAUGA